CUCUGUAUUUGACUUUGUUCUUCUGAUUAUUGCUUCCUAUCUUGUGGGGUUGCUCGAGCUGUUACACACAAGGCAGCCCCCAGAGGUUAAUAAUUUAGGGGGUUACCAUCUUUAAAGAGAGCUUUUUUACCCAAGGGCAGGCGGACUCAAUUACCCUCUAGUAAAGUAACAGGGAUUUAGAAUGGACUAUUUAAGACUGAUCCACAGUAUUUUCUGCUCCCUAUUCCCAAUCCCCCUCCUUUUUUCUUCAUGUACUUUUAAUGAUUACAUGAUCUUAAAGAGGAAGAAGACAGAAGGUGAGUGAGUUCAUUCUGGAAGAUACGGGCUGUUGUCAUGACUCCGGGAUCCCUGGGGUGGAGAGAAAAUGGACUCAGUAUCUGAUUAGGCGAAAGAAAGUACCUACGGAGACUUUUUUUUUCUUUUUUAAACGGUCCCAGGGAGAAUUGUAUUGAAUCCGAGGCAGGACUCGAGGGAAUCAGACCUUUCUGACACAGGAAACCCAAGUCGCUUUUUGCUUAACUUUAGAUGUGGGAGGGAGUAUGCCUCCUUUGAACUUGGAAUCACGGAGAAGAAUGCAGUUAGUUACUUCUGUUUUCUCUCUCACCUCUAGUAAUUCGUCUGAGGAUUCCCAAAGUGUGAAAGCUGGAGCUGGUGCCUAGGGCGCAUCCUCCCAGACCCCGCGUUCACAACCCGCUCCCGCGCCCAGAAGAGGGAGGGGCUGGAAGUAACCCUGGGGCCUGGGGAGCCCCACCUGUUUCUUUUUCUACUUCGGACAGGGGCUCCCUCCUCGGCCACACCUUCCCUUUGUCGGAGAAAUUAAUCCCUGGGGAUUUCAAGGGGGAGGGGUAAAAGCAGCCGGCCUCUGGCCAAUCGGCCAGCCAGCCAGCUAACCCGUCUGCUGCCCUCUACAUCGAACGCGCAACUUGGUGAGUGCCCUGCGUGAAUCCCCGUGGCCUGCGCUCCACGCUGGGCUGCCCCGGCGCCCGCCCCCUGCCUCCUCCUGGGGCACCUGGAAAACCCCAGCCGCUCCGCCCGAGCCCUCUUGGGGCUCGGCAUUUGCAGCUUCAUACUUUUCUUUGCGGAGUGAAAAAGAUAAGUCUCCGGUUUCCGGCAAGGCGGAGGCUAGAGGGAGAGUCUGCUCUAUUUUAAAAUGUACUUGUCGAGGGGUGGGGGAGAGCGGUGAGUGAAAGUAGGAGAAAACGCUUCCCGGGUAGACUCCCGCCUUGGUCCUGAGCCUCGGGACUUUGCAGCUUGGGGCACCCGACUCGCGUGGAGUUCCCUGGGCCAAGAAAGGUGGGAGAGCACACGGGGACGCACCACAGCGCUACUGGUCCCGGAGAGGGGCUGCUUCGCACGCCCCCGCCUGCCUCGCUGGCUCCCUCGCGCCUAGCCCACGCGGCCCGGAGCUGAGUGGGGCGGGGCGCCGGCAUGGGGCUGCUGUCGGGGGACUGUCAGGAAGGAGGAGGCAGCGGCGGCCGCGGCCAUGGGGAGCAACCGGCCAGCCCGGGCUGCGUAGCGGAGGAGGAAUCCUUCCCGGCCCUGAGAGUCGGGGAGGAGAAGGAGGAGGACGGGGCGGAAGAAGACUAUGAAGAGUAUGUGGACUUUUCGCUCCUGCCCGACGCUCGCAGCAUUGCCUCGGACGACUCCUUUUACCCGCCCGACGGGGAGGAUGACUGGCUGGAGCGGGGCGAGUCUUGGUGCUCGGAGACGGAGGACGACUUGGGCGCAGGGGAGGACCUGGAGGUGGUGUCCCUUUUCCAGGCGGCCAGCACCAACAAUGUGGGGUUGCUGAGAGAGCUCAUCCUCCGGGGACCUAGCGCUGAAGAGGUGCUGGAGACCGACCGCAACCGCCGGACUGGCCUUAUUGUUGCCUGCUACCAAGGUUUUGUGGAUAUUGUAGUAGCCCUAGCAGAGUGUCCCCAUAUUGAUGUAAACUGGCAGGACAACGAGGGAAAUACAGCUCUAAUUACAGCUGCACAGGCAGGGCACAUAACUAUCACCAACUAUUUGCUGAACUAUUUUCCUGGUCUUGACCUUGAAAGAAGGAACAUAUUUGGAUAUACAGCUCUGAUGAAAGCUGCCAUGCAAGGUCGAACUGAAUGCAUCCGAGCUUUAAUGUUGGCAGGGGCAGAUGCCCAUGCAACUGAUCCCAACAAAGGAAUGACUCCACGGGAAUGGGCAUCUUACACAGGAAGGUUCGAGGCUGUCUGUGUCCUGCAGAGACUGUUGGACAGGCCCUGUCCUGAGCAGUUCAGCGAGCAGUACAAGCUGGACUGGCCAGUGGUCAAGGAUGUUCUUGUCAAACCAGCAGAGCCCAAGAGCUGUUUACAGAGGCUUAGUGAGUGCUUUCGGUCAGUCUUGUCUUCUCACUAUGUCCAAGAACCUGAAGAUGGGGGGGUCCUUGACCACAUGGUCAGAAUGACCACUAGUCUCUACAGCCCUGCUGUGGCCAUUGCCUGCAAGACUGUGUGCCCCGAGAGCCCCCCCUGUGUGGGGAAGAGGCGCUUUGCAGUGCAGGAGAUCCUCCGCAGACAGAACACUAGGGAGGUUGGUGAUGGUGAGGAGGACAGAGGGGAGAGCCACCAGAAACGCCUUUCCAGCUCCCAGGGUGAGGUGGUUCCAAACCAGACAGAGAGGAGAGCAAGUCUGCAGCCUUCCCCCAUCACAGGGGCGCAGGGGGGUGCAGCAGGCUCUCGGAAGGCCAGUCUGUUGCCCCUACACCUGUUGCGGAGGAGCAGUGUGAGGCCUGGCUUUGUCAUUCCCAAGGUGCGCAUCAACAAAGCCCCCACUCCCACCUUUCAGCCUGAGAGGGUGAAGAAGAAGGCCAGCACCAAGGACAGUACCUACUUGCAGAUUCCCAAAUGGAGAUACAAGGAAGCCAAAGAGGAGAGGAGGAAAGCUGAGGAGGCAGAAAAGAAGAAGGCUCCUGAGGUCCUGAAAGAAAGACGAGUGUCUCCCUGGAAAAAUAGGACUUGAAACCUCGGUGGCAGCAUGCCAACAUCUGGGCUCGGCUUCCAGAGCCAUGGAUCCAGGAUAUGGGAGGGUUCCUUUGAGUGUGGGAGAAAGCCUGGAGGGAGCAAGUGGGGAGCACAAGAACCUGGAGAGAGUGAGUGAGGAUGAGACACUCUCCCUUGCUGCUUCUCCCUUUCCCUCUGCUCUGGGGCUCCUCUCCUUUGGUUUGAGUAGAAAUGGGCUGGCAACAAGUUUUUGGUAGAGAUUGUGGGGCUUGGGAGCUGGGCAGGAAGAUGGGGAGGCACAUUUCUGGGGAUGAAGGAGAUGAACAUGGCAGCUGGUAGGAGACAAAUCUCCCAGACUUCCUCCCCUGUCACUGAGGGAAGGUGUUGGGACUGUCAUGCUGGCCCUUCUUCAUUCCCCCCACCACUAUUUUAUCCCCUCAUUGUGUUCCUUGAUAUCCAUCUGGCUCAGAUCUCAUCGCUUAGAAAGGUGGCUAAGGAGAAGCAGGAAGGAGUAGAAACAACUCCCAUUGGCCUGUAGCCUGUAGAAAUAACCUUUGCAUCACAUGUAUUUCAGAACCAAGAAGAGAGACUAAUGAAUCCAUGAUGGUGGGUAUUGUAGAAUUCUUGUAAUAUAUACACUACUGGCUACACUUCCAUCAUGAAGGAUAGCAUAGAGAUACCAUACAUUUCUCAAAACUCUCCUCUCCCCCAUCUCCUUCAUACUCAAGGAUGGGGCAGUUAAGUGCCUAACACAGUGCCCUGGAUACACUAUACAUUUCAUAAAUACUUAGGAAAUUGAAAUUUAAUUGAAUCACGUCCAAUUUGUGCAUAAUGAUGUCCAAUAAUACUAGAACUUUGCUAUUUGGGUGUUAUCUUUGCCAGUCCCAACAUUAUUAAGGGGUCUGUCUAUCAAUUUAUAUAGAUGAGCAGUUCCUGAAAUGUGGACCACUGACUGACCAUUUUACAUGAUAAAGAAAAGCCAUGUCCUACCUAGAUUAAUAGGAGAUUCAUAUUUAUUUGGGACAUCCCUAGAGAGGUCAUUUGCUUUUUGCACUUGGAUUUGUUAAAUUGUUAAAGCCAGUCAGAAAAAUAAGUACAGACAAUUUCAUGAUGAGAAAGAUGAGAGAGCAAAUCUGUAAGCCUUCACAAGUCCCCAGAAUUGCAAUUAUACUUAGAAAUAUUUCUAGAUAUGGAUAAUUCUCAUUUCUGCAAUUUGGAAGUGAUGACAUCCCUGAGGUGGAAACAUAUCGCUAUUAUAAAAGAAAUAUGUGAUGACCAGAGCUCCCCCUUUAUUUUCUUCCUCCUCUUCUCUCUCAUUCUUAACACUGUGAAGUCAGGAGCCAGCAUGUAUCUAAAUGGCUUGUUUAUCAAACUUGGGAGGUGAUAAUCUGUUCACUCAACUUUUGUGCUAAGAGGACACAAAUGCAGCAACGGGCUUGAGUGGGUAGUUAGCAGCUCAGCUUCUCACUCCCCGAUAGUCAUCAUCCAUCCCAGAGCAGUAAUUCUGUCCAAUAGAAUAAAUUUGAUACCCCAAGUUCUUGUCAGUACCCAGUGAGGUAAGGGGGUGCCACUUGGGGAAGGCAGCUUUUUUAGCCAAAUGCUAUCUCAAAUCAGCGGUUGCUCUGCUGUUUGUAUUUUAAUAGUACUCCCAAUGUUGCCCCAAAGGCUGGUCAUUUCAUACCAUAUCAGCGACUCAGCAUUUAUUAGGCACAUCCUGCUUCAUCAUAUGCCUCCUUUGGUGGCUCUUCAGAAUUUGGCCAGAUUAUUGAUGCAACCCCACUCCACAUUCCCAUAGCUAUCAUAUACUAUUAAGAUGUGGGAGGGGGUUUUGAAUGCUUUUUUACAUUUUUUCCCCCUAACUUUCAGCCAUAGGCAAAGGACACUUUGGGGUCUGUAUACUGAAUAGGCAAAAAGCACAGAGAAUGCUCAUGAUGUCAGCAAAACAGGCUUUAUAUUUUUUCUUCUAAACUGCCCAGCCAGCAGAUUUGGACCAAACAAGUCUUGGCAAGCCAGAUGCUGUGUUUGUCACUUUUCUGUUACUGAGGAAAACAAGAUAAUUGGUCAAAGGAAUAUGAUGGGGAAGGCACAAUGGAAGGCCUAGAGUUAGUUGUGUGUUACAGGACAGAGGAGUCAUUACUGUGUACGUGUUUGUGUGUGUGUAUGCAUAUAUACACGGAUGGCCACAUUAUGUGGAAAACAUAAAAUGAACCAAAGGAGAACGUUUAGUACCGUCCUGGAGUGCCGUCUUUUACCCAACUCUAUUCUUAACUCCAGUCCCACCCAGAUUCUGAAGGGAAAGCACUUUGUUAUUUCUGCACUUUCUUUCUCAUGACUAGCUUGUUUAGAUUUUCUCAUUUUUCUCCCUGCAUAAGCAGAUUUACUAGUACAGCAGUUUCACAAGGCAAAGACGUUGUCUUCCAGGGCCGUCUCUCUGCUAGAGCAAGGACGCUUAUGUUCUUGUUUUUUAAGCCAGCCGUGGGAGGGAGAGGCAGGGGUGCAACCGUACAGAGCCAAAUAAUUUGCUGUCUCUUCUUUCCUGGGAAUUUCAGGAUUUCCUAUUUACUCCUUUCCAAGGGAACUUUUUUCUUACAUGAGGUCAUUUUUCAUACUGGACUUCAGAACUCUGCACAGACCCAAUCAUCAGCACACCAGAGACCACACACUGCCCAUUCGAUAGUUGUCAACGUCAGCAGACCAGGUUGGAAAACUAAAGAAAAAUAGUUACACUUAUUCAUCAGCUGCUAUUUGGGUGAGCUAGCUAAGCCACUCUGAUGGGGGACUGAAGGGCAGCUGAGUAAAGGAAGAUUUCUUAUGAAGGAGGCCUUUAAAAAAGACAUAGACUCUUAGACAAGAUAGUUAUGUUAUUUAUUCCUCAUCUCUUUUUUUAAAGACGUUUCAUUUAGAGCAGAAACUGACCCUUUUUGUCCGUACUGGGGAAGAAAACUGUGGAACUUGCUCUUAAGUAUUUCAGUAAGUGUAUGUCACAAGUGUGUCAAACUUGGCAGACUUUAAGAAUGUUCUUUCACUGUUACUAUCCAAAUGGCAGUCAGAUUGGUUUGGUUUUUUCCCGUUUGCCAUAUUUGCUAAGGUUCAAUAGUUGCUUUCAGAGAACUCUUUUCUUUACUUCCCAACUCCAUCUCCAUCCCACUCCUGCCUUUUGGGGGCUGAAAAGCAAAAAUGGAAGAAUUAAGUGUGACUACUGGGCAUUUUCUGCCUCAUUACCUUUUGCCCCUUGACUCCUGAACAACUUCUUAUUUCACCAAGCCUGCUCUUUGUAGCUUGUCCCUGUGUUCAGUGGCCUCUCCUUUCUCCCCUUUGCUGGCUAUUUCACCACCUCCCUAUCAAAAUUCCUUGUAGAAUUCCUGUCAUCAGUUAUUCUGGAGGCAAAAAAAGGGGCGAUAUGGUAGCUCCCUAUUUUGGCAAUCCCAAGUGAUAGUUUUUAGACUUCAUGAAAUGAAAGACUGAUUUCUCCUAUUUCUGUCCAUUUGACUGAAAUUUUUUACAAUUUUCUUUUUGCAGAUAGAAAAAUAUAAUUUAUAAAAAAAACCAACCAAGCACAGUCCAUAUUGGACAAGGGCAUAAGAAAAUUCCAUCUCAGUUCUUAAUUACUAUGAAUAUUGGGUAGCAGUUUGACAAAUGUGUGUCUCUCUUUUUCUUUCUCCUAAAAUUCACUUUUACACAUACAGUCAAGCACUUUGUUGGACAUUAUUUUAAUUUUCAUUUACUUUUAUCCCUUAAGGGUAUUAUAGUUAGACUAAAAAUAAAAUAAAUAGGUUAUAAGGCAGUUGCACAGCUCCCCCACUACCCAGUAAGAUUCUUUUGCCUUUUGAAUUUUCCUUGAUCUUAAGCAACUCGGAUCUGUGGUAGCCUAGGACAUAUAAUAGAAUGUUAAACUCUGGUUCAUAUGAAGCCAAUUAUUGAUCUUUCAAUAAAUUCUUGUGACAAUUAAUACUCAGUUAAACAAAAAUCAAGACUUUCAUGGAAAUUUUCAGUCAAAGAUAGAUAGGCUUAGAUUUUUAAGAAAUAUUUUUACACAUUUUCAUUGAUUUAGGUUUCAGAAUACUAGGUUUAGGGUUAGAAUAUAUAUACUUCUUUUGUGUGUUUUCUACCUAGUAAUGUGAAUAAAAGGCCCCAGGAUCUGCCUUGCAUUAAAAAAAAAUUAGGGAAAAAAGAAGACUGCAGGAAGUUAAUCCAGCAUCUUUGAAACUUCCAAAAGCUUAAGCACUUUAGUUGGCCACCGGAGCAAGGUAUAUAGCAGACUCUGAAGCACUAAAUAGCAUUUGAAGUUUUUCUUUCUCUUUUUGAAGUUACUUAUAGCAAUUUCCUGGCAGCACUACCUUAUGUACCUCAAGAAUGUGAUGACCUUCAGUUUAGGCAAAAGUUGUAUUUUAACCUCUUGUUUGAUGAAAUAAAUAUCAUGCACAAUGUUUAUAAAGUAGUAACAUGAAUUCUGAAGUAAUGUUUGUGAAACCCUUUCCCUUGUUUUCAGACCAAAGUCAGUUUUCUCUGGUCAGAAAUGAGAACGCUUUAUGAUGAAGUAAGCCUCCCAAAUUUAGCUUCACCAUGUGAGGCUAGAUUCAGGUGCUACCCUGUCCAGUUGCAAAAUUCUUGAAUUAUUCAGAUGGUAGGUAGUGAUAAAUUAAUAUGAAAAAGAGUCACCUUGGGAAAAUUGGUUUUUUUAUUUUUACUAAAUCUAGCUAGGAGAAAAGAUUUUCCUUUAUAGUAUAUUGGCAAGAAUGCUGUCUAAUUUUAACAUUAAGUAGAGAGUAGAGAGGUCAUGAUUUUUCUUUUCACAAUUUGAUGUGGUGCCUAUGACAUUCAAAAGGAAAAGCAACUCAUCAAUCUCCCCAGUUUUUUUCGAGGUGUCCUCUUCCAAUGUAUCCAUUAUUAUUUAACAUUGGCACAUUUUGUUUACACAUGAAGAUAAAUAAAAUAUACUGAAAAUCCAUUUUCAUAAUUUUUUUUGGAUAGGAGAAGAUACCAACAUUUGUUUAGUGUUUAUAGUAUUCCCAAUAUACAGUAUUAUAAAAAUCCAUAUGAUGAUGCCAAAGAGUUAACUCAGGACUAUUUUCUUCCCAUUGUGUAUUAUUGUUUCAGUACUGAGAAUAAGUUUGACAUUUCAUUAAAAAAACAUAUAGUUCAUUCUCAAGGUGGUGCUGAACUUUGUAGCGAUGUAACUUGGGUCUGGUCCUGGAUCUGCCAGCAACUGACUUUUUGAUCUUGGAAAGUCACUUGGUCUCCUUGGACAUCAAUUUAUACAUCUGUCAAAUGAGAGAGUCGGAGUAGAGAGACUCCAAGGAUCCUUCAACUAUAUAAUGUUUUCCAAUUCUGUAGUUUACAUGUGGACAGUCAUGGUGCAAGGCACUUCAGCUAUGCAAGCCAUCAGUUUCCCAAAUUUUUUUGGGAAGAUUGCUAAUCUUCUAGGUCGGGAAGGACCUUACAUUAUCCACACUAAAAAUAUUGGCCCUUAUAAAAAACUGCAGUUGCUUUAAAAGUCAGAACAAAAUUGGGUCAGUGAUAAUAAAAUGGGGUUUAGUCAAGAUGGGUCCCAGCAAAGCCACCAGGAGCUUGUUUAAGGUGUUGAUUAUGCCAUUUCUUCCUUCUCCCAUCUUUUGAUGUACCAAGUACUUGGUUCAAAGGUAUAAAUGUUCAUCUAUAAGCUAUUAAUUUGAAAUUACUUUUUUUACUUUGAUGCUUUUAUGCACAUUGAUGGUAAAUAACAAAAAAUCACUGAAGAUAAAAGAGAAAUAAAUGAAAAAAAAACCCUAUGAAUUAGUUUGAUUCUCUUUCUUGACUCAGAUUACAUGAGUAUCAUUUCAUUUCCCCGGUAUGGAUAUGGGUCACAAAUGGCAUUUUAAGGAAAGAGCACUGGUACAGUAAGCAGAUAUUUGGGUGGCUAUGUCUUGCUAAAUAGACUUGAACAGGAUAUAGUGAGACACAAAUGCAUCAAGAAAAGGGCAUAAUGGCUCAGUGUGAGACUAGAAAAUUCUGUGGGCUCCUUGUGAGAAGUAACUCUCAAUGGGCCCUAUGUAUUUGAAAAAAAAAGUUGUGCCCUCUAAGGCCAGCACAGUGUGAUAUAUGGAAAGCAUUGAGUCUGGAAUGAAAAAACUUAGGUUCUAAUUCCAACUCUGACACUAACUGUUUGACAUCGAAUACAUCUUUAUGGGCCCCAAAUAAUUCCUUAAAAGGUUGGCAACAUUGAAAGUUUAAGGUCUCUUUUUCACUCUAAAUCCUAUGGUCUUGAAUGAAGGAAGUCCCACUGUGUAAAGUUGUAUCUAGGACCUAAUCAAAUCUCAUGGCCAUUUAUUGAAGUUUAAUGGUGACAUUCACCAUCGUGAUAUAGACUAUUAGGCUCUAUAUAGGAGACCUGGUUUCUAAUAUUGGCUCUGUGUGAUCUUGGGAAAGUCCUUUCUCUGGAACUCAUUUUUCUAAUUUAUAAACGAGAGCAUUGAAUGAGGCUUUUCUAAGGUAUUUUCUAACCCUAACAAUCUAUGGUUUCUUUGUGUUUCCACUUGUCUGGUUUUGGAAUUUUCUUUGAAAAUCAACACAAUGAUACAUGUAUAACCCAGUAGAACUGCUUGUUAGAUUCAGGAGAGGGAAGGAAAGAGCUGGGGUUGGGGAGGGGUGUCAUGAAUCAUGUAACCAUGGAAAAAUACUCAAAAUUUAAAAAAAGGGAAAAUCAACACAAGAUUUAAGCCCCACAAUCCCUCAUCUUGCUUCUAGAAAAUGGCUGUUUUUCUCCCCAAUCUUCCCUCCACAGUGGGGAUCUAACAUCAAUCCAUAAGGGCUACAUAAACCCCUCUAUAUUAUAGAUUAAGGGAAAUAUAUUUGACAUAAAGUUUUAGAGCGAAAAUUGCAAGCCUUUUAAAAAAAGUGAACAUAUAAUGUUAAAUGUCAUUGUCAUGAACAUAAAUUGUUGAAGCUGUACCAUAUGUAUACAUCUAGCAGUACAGGAAAAUUGUACUAUCAGCCCUUUGAGGGGAUAAUUAGGGGAAAGAGCUUUUGAAUGAUAAUGAAGAAUGAGAGAAUAAUAAAAGCCCAUUUCAAUGAAAUCCUAGCUCUCUGUACAUAAAUUUGUAGAGUUUCAAGAUAUUUUGGUCCUGAUCAACAAUAACUACAAAAUAGCCUGAGAAUUUAACCUUGCUCUUUUAUGGCCACUGUGUAGAUUAAAAAAAAAAUCCCAAUAUGUCAGUAUAAAAACAUUUUCAAGUAAAUUUUAUUUAUGGUGUAGGUCUUGUUAAAAUGAUGUUGAAUGUGGCUCCAAUUGUAUUACUGGAGGGUCAAAAUGUUUAUUUCAAGGUUAUGUCUUUAUCACCUACAGCUCUAUAAAGAGAUUUGAUUUAUUUGGGUUAUAGGAACAUUCGGGAACAUAGAUUGAAAAGACAGUAUCUUUAGUAUUUGGACUACAGAAAAGCCAUUAAAAUGAAGCAUACUCAAUUGAAUAUCAUCUAAUAACUGAAAAACAAUUUUUUUCUCACUGUCUAUCAAGUUAUGUACCUCAUGUCAAAGUGAAAUCAAGGUAAUAUCCAAAUGACCAUUGAAGAGAUUGGAAAGUAUUCAUGAGUAGAGAAUAAAAGAAGCAUACAGUGAACCUGUUCUGAAUGUAUAAUUGUCUAAUGCUUGAAUAAAACUAUUUUAACUUGAAAAUGAUUGUAAAAAAGUAUACAUGAUUUUUUAAAAAUCUUAGAUAUUUAUAUUAAUUUUAAUUCAAAUGUGAGAUUUCUGAGCUAACAUUUGACUUUGUUUUCAAAGGACAUUUAUAUUCUUAAUUUAAUAAGGACUUGUGUUAUUCUUGAUUAAAUUUAGCAGUGUUGUAUUUUGAGUUUUUUCUUCCGUUGAUCUUACAUUGAUCUUAUUAAAGUUCUGAAUUCCUAUGGGAGGAAAAAUUAAUUUUGGUAUUGCCUUGAUCAGGUAAUGCCCUAAAUAAAAAAAAUAUAGCAUCA